UAAACGUUAAGUAUUAUCUUCUUUCAAUCAUGUAGAUAUGCUCUCCUGAUGCUGUCGAGAGGUCCUCUGCAAGCACAAGUGGGAAAGCCAAGGGUCUUCUAAAGCUUGUGAAGUCUAAGCAUGUCAUGUUGUACUGCUACUUCCUAGCAGACAUAGCAACAAUCCUCUUUAGGUUGUCUAAGGUCUUUCAAAGAAGAGAGUGCUGUGCCUCAGAUAUUUAUGGAAUGGUCGAAGAAACAAACAACUUAAUUGAUUUGUAUAGUACAAAAUUUUGGUGAUGGCAAGUUGAGUCAGUUGAUUGAUCACUUUGGUCCUUGUCUUGAGUCUAUCAAUACAGCUGAGGCUGUUUUUGAAUGGAGUGCCAUGAAAACUGCAUUAUACUCCAGUGAUUUGGUUAUCAAAAGCCUUACUUGGCAGAGGGUUAAUGAGAUGCACCUGGAAAACUAUGGUAACAUCUCGGCUAUAAUGGACCUUAUCCUAACAAUUCCUGGUUCAUCAUCUGAAUGUGAGAGAGGUUUUCGUCAAAUGAAAUCUGUAAAGACAACUUUCAGAUCUUCUUUAAAUGAAGAGUCCUUAGCCAGCCAAAUGACAAUCAGGCUCCAUUCACCACCCAUAGAAAAGUUUGAUCCUAAGCCAGCCAUUCUCCUAUGGAACAGUGGUGUCAUAAGAAGACCCAAUUUCAAGGAUGUGGCACAGCAGGACAAAAUAAAAGAGGCAACAGUCAAUGUCACCAAGGAAACAACAGCAGCAAUCAAUGAACAUUUAGCUGAAGUCCAUGAGCCAAUUCUAACUGAAGACAUCGAGCCAGAGCCUCAGCAUAUAAUAUUAGGAUGUGAAGAUUCAGACUAUUCUGAUGACGAAGAAUAUAGUACAGAAUCAGGUGUCUUCAGGGCCAUGUGCAGAGAAGGACUGAUUGAGGAAUAGAAAAUUAUAAUAAUAUUAAAAUUAUUGGUCUU